AACUCGCAUCCACGGCAAUCACAUGCCGUUUUAUCAGCAGUGCCUUGAACCAUGGUUGUCGUGACCAACAGGAACAGUGUAACUCUAGCGUAACAACGAAGCUUCUAUGAUGGAGCUGGCAGCAGACGAUUCUCCCAUACAGACAAAGAAACAUGCAAACAUAGAUUUCUGUUUCCUCUGGUAUUAAUGUCCACUUCUUUUCCACCUUCAGUAGUACACUGCAGUGACGAUGAUCCCUGAACUGGAGCAGUGGGUCCAGAGGAACAGCAUCCUCGCAAUGGAAGGAGAUCGCUUCAGCAUCUGGCAGCUCAAGACGAGGGUCGAGCACGAGGACACGGAGAACAAGGUGCGCAUGCUCGCCAUCGGUCAAGAGAAACAGCUGGAGGUGAAGUCCGUGUUGCUGCUGGGGGAGACGGGCGCCGGGAAGACCCUCUUCCUCAACGCCUUCCUCAACAGGCUGUUUGGUGUCACUGUGGAAGACAAGACUCGGCUGCAGCUGAAAGACCAGAUGGACAGAGAGGACAAGAAGACCACACAGAGCCAGACGGACUACACCACGGCCUACAUCAUCUACCACCAAGAAGGCAUGUCUGGCCCCUACAAUUACAUGGUCAUUGACACACCAGGCCUGGGCGAUACGGAGGGUGCGGAGAAAGACAGAAUCAAUGAGCAGUGUCUAAGGUUUUACCUGACUGAUGAAAAGUGGAUUAGUCACAUCAACUGCGUCGGAUUGGUCUGGAAGGGAACCGAUCACAGAUAUGACGAAAUGAAGAGAGAAAUACUCAGUCGAAUCAAGCAACUCCUGGGCUUCGACAUCAAGCGUUUCACAGAUGUAUUGCUUACAUUUACAACAGAUGAAGAAGUGGAUGCAGUUAAAGUUGUAGAGGCAUCAGGGAUAGAAUACAACCAAGUGUUUAACUUUGAUAACAAGCCUCUCUAUGCUGUGAGGACAAAAGAUAAGUUGCACAAGCUGAUGUGGGGUUUAAUGGAAGAAAGUCAUGAUUCGUUUCUAAAAGAAAUCAAUAGGAGAGAGGGCGUCAGCCUCAAAAUUACUGCCAGAUUAAUCCUCACUCAUAUGAAACUAGAAGACUUACAGCGUCGACAGCGAACGCAAAGGCAGCACAAAGCAAAUAUCUCGUCUAUUGUCGAACAGUACGAAGGCGAAAUGCGUGACCUCGAGGAGGAAGCAACAAGGGUCGACUGGGACAAGAUUGAGGAUCUAGACACAAGCAAUGAAAUCAUAGUCCUUGAAGACGGACGCCACUGCCACUACUGCACAAAGUGUAGCAAGACAUGCAUUCCUGCCUGUGAAACCGUUCACAAGGCUACAGUUGCUCCAGUACAGGAAGGGGAAGGUGUAGGCGAGAUGGUACUAGGGGUUGUUGGGAAAGUUGGUAUGAUUGGAUCAAUACUUGGCCAUUACAGUUUGCUGGUGGGGUUAGCCUCUGCUGCAGUUUCAAUAUGCACCGACAUUGCGAGGGCAAUCAUGAGUCGCAUUCGAACCAAGAAAUCAAAAGAAAAAACAGAGAGCUUGCACGCCAGUGAGGGCAUAAAUAAGUGCCCUAAGUGUGACCAUUUUAUAAUUCAUCAUGAAGUCAGAGACAAGAUCAUGGCCAAAGAUGCUACUUGGGACCAGAAAGUGAAUCUGCUCAAGGAAAUAAAGUAUGAAGAGGUCAUGGGGGGAAAAUCUAGAAUUGAGGCAAAUAUUCUAUCAUGCAAUGCAAAGCUAGCGUCAAUAAGCAAGCAAGAGAAACACGAUGAUGGCAUGCAGAAAAACUAUGAAAGAGAAAUUAACGAGCUCAGGUUGGGAAAGUAAAUUGCAAAAUAGUCUCCUUUGUUCUCGAUUCGAGAUUUUUCAUUAUUUCGCCAGUGUGCUAAUCUGAUUAUGGCUCAAUUACUGCAUCGACUUUGCUAAUUCACGCUUUAACAUUAGUUUGUUUUUUGAAGCUGCCGGCCGAUUCAGUUAUCCAUUUUUGCUUUCAUUUCCUUUUGUUACACAUAUGUAUGUAAUUAGGAUAAUGUUUUUACUCUGCACGUUUUAUGUGAUUUGUUCUUGGACUGGGAUUGAAGCCAUGGGCCUAAUUAUGGUUGUAUUCUCUCUCUUAUUGACGUAAAGGUCUUUUUGAUGUUCAA